AAUUAGUUCUAACAAAGAAUAAUCAUUUAAAAAAGUGUUAUAAGGAAGAAUUUUGGAGUAAAAUGCCUGAAUCUAUAAUUGCCGGGAUAUCGGUAAAUUUCCCCUUCGAGCCAUAUGAGGUACAGCGAGCCUAUAUGGAGAAGGUAAUCUUGUGUUUGCGUGACAGUACCAAUGGUGUGUUGGAAUCACCCACGGGCACUGGUAAAACAUUAAGUCUUCUUUGCUCUUCAUUAGCAUGGCUUCUGACAAAGAAACAGGAAAUGAAGGCAAAUAUGCAAAAGACAAUACCCCAUACAGGCGAGGGCAAUAAGAACAUGCCUGAAAUAAUGGAACAACUUGAAAUGAUAAAUCGAUCAAAAGGUAAAGGCAAUUGGGGUGUACCGAAAAUCAUUUAUGCCUCGCGAACACACUCCCAAUUGACGCAAGCAAUGCAGGAAUUAAAGAGAACCUCAUAUUCAUUUAUGAGAGCGGUUGUUCUUGGUUCCAGAGAUCAACUCUGUAUACAUCCCGAGGUAAUGCGAGAACAGGGAAAUGCGAACAAAAUUCAAAUGUGCAAACUGCGUGUUCAAACUCGCACAUGUUCGUUUCACUCUCGCGUUGAGUCGCGAAAAGAUGAUCCAGAUUUCAGGGCACAAUCUGUUAUGGAUAUAGAAGACCUAAUAAAGUCCGGACAGAAACUUAAAAUGUGCCCGUAUUAUGCUUCUAAGGAGUUGGUCGAAGAUGCCGAUAUCGUUUUUAUGCCCUACAACUAUCUGCUGGAUCCAUCUGCACGUAAAGCGAACAAAAUUGAACUAUCCAAUGCUAUUUGCAUUUUGGAUGAAGCACAUAAUAUUGAAAAAAUAUGUGAAGAAUCAGCUUCCGUGCAAAUUAAAUCGUCGGAUGUUGCUAUGGCUAUAGAAGACACAACUCACAUCAUGAAGGCAAUGAGUUCGGGAGAAAUGCAUGAUACUGGCGACGAACAAAAAGAUUUCAAUCUGGAUGAUUUGGCUCUACUUAAGGAAAUGCUAAUGGAACUCGAAAAGGCUAUAGAUGAUAUAGUAGUGGAAAACAAACAAGAAGGAGCUACAUUUCCCGCAUCAUACAUUUUUGAUUUACUCGCACAAGCAAAUAUAUCUUACGGCUCCUCGAAAGCUGUUGUAGCUCUUUUAGACAAAUUGGUACAAUUUAUGGCGAUCGAUUCGCAAAGUAAUCAUUUACGCAAGGGUGGUAGUUAUCAAAAGUUAUCCGAUCUAUUUACUAUUGUGUAUAACAACAAAGAGGAAACUAUACAGAAGGUUUAUCGUAGUUUUAAAGUUCAUGUACAGAUAGAGGAACCCAAACAGCAGUACACAAAGGGUGCUGCCAAGGAUGGCUGGUUAUCGAAGGGCAACACAACGUCAACAACUAAGGCUGCAAAAGUUAUAAAUUAUUGGUGUUUUAAUCCAGGAUUUGGUAUGGAACAAUUAUUAAAUACAAAUGUACGAAGUGUCAUCUUAACUAGUGGUACUUUGGCUCCCCUAAGACCUCUCAUAGCUGAGUUGGCCAUACCCAUAGCCCAACGUCUGGAGAAUCCUCACAUAGUGCAAUCUUCACAGGUGUAUGUUAAAAUAAUUGGUUCCGGUCCAGAUCGCGAACAAUUAAUAUCCAAUUAUCAAAAUCGAGAUAAUCCCAAAUAUAUUAGUUCAUUGGGAUCUACGAUACUUAAUGUGGCCCGUAUUAUACCCGAUGGUUUGUUGGUCUUCUUUCCCUCGUAUCCAUUACUCAAUCAAUGUGUAAACUCAUGGCAGGCUUCAGGGUUAUGGGCUGAUAUAUCACGCUAUAAACCCAUAUAUGUAGAGCCUAGAGGUAAGGACGACUUCAUCACAGCCAUGGAGUCAUUUUACCAAAGCAUAAAGGAUUCAAAGGGAGCCUGUUUCAUGGCCGUUUGCCGUGGCAAAGUGUCCGAGGGUCUUGAUUUUGCCGAUCGCAAUGGUCGUGCAGUUAUCAUAACCGGUUUGCCGUUUCCUCCUUUGAAAGAUCCAAAAGUUAUACUGAAAAAGAAAUAUUUAGAAGAGAAUCGCACAAAAGAAAAUGAGCUACUUACUGGCCAAGCUUGGUAUGCUUUGGAUGCCACGCGUGCAGUUAAUCAGGCUAUAGGUCGAGUUAUACGUCAUCGUAAUGAUUAUGGCGCCAUACUACUGUGUGACAUACGUUUUCAACAGCCAUCCCAAGUGCAACAGCUAUCUAAGUGGAUACGUGAUAUUUUAGGAACUUCCCCAAAAAGUACAGCUUUUGGUCCAGUGGUUAAGGAAUUGAGAGACUUUUUCAAAAAUGCGGACAAAAUUAUGCCUAAGCCCACUGAACGCUCUGUUGAGACUUUGAUUAGUGAUACUUGUAGUGAGUCUAGUGCAGAUGUUGUUCGUAGUAAAUACUUUUCAGACCCUAAAGAAAUAUUAGCUGCCAAAACUAAAUUUCACAAUGCUCACAAUGAUGCCAUCAAAAUAGAAAAAACUAAUUCUAUACAAUCAUGGUCACCUAAUGACUAUGCGACGGCUGCUGGACGGUCGCUUAAUGGCAAAUUUCCGAAUGCUAUGGAUUUUAUGAGUCGUUUAGAUUCAGAUGUUUCAGCAAUUGAUUUCAAUUCCUCCUGCUCGGCUAGUAGUGGUAGCAGUUGCUCAACAACUGGUUUGGUUAAAAUACACAAACGGGAACGAAGUCCCUUAAGCCAAUCGACUUCGACAAGUCCCACCACUUCAGAAGUAAUCAAAAAGAAGAAAUACAAAUUAGUUGAAAAUACUUUCAGCUCAAAGCUCACUACAUCCACAAUAUCGUCGUCUUCAACGUCAAUUAACGAUUUACAAACAUUUGAGUUUAGAAAAGCUCAAGUACUCAAUGUAAAAAGUAAUACUGAAACUGCACCUGAAGGCAGAGUUGAAUUUUUAAAAGUGUUACGCAGCAUUUUAUCCCCAGCUGACUUUAGUGCUUUUACGGCAGCGUUGGUGUCCUACAAACGCGACGAUACCAUUGACUUUUUAUUGGAUCUUUUAUUUCGCUUAUUGGGUCAAUCACAUUUAUUAUACAUGUUGCGUGGCAUGAGACGGUUUUUAAAAAAUGAACAUCGACCGCAAUUUGAUGAACGUUUAGCGGGUUUAAAGUAGAUUGGCCAAUGUAUGAGAACUUCUUUUCUAUUAAGUUUUUAUUUCACUUUAAAAUUAAUAAGAAUGUUAUACAUAUGUUUUUAUCUAAUGUUUUAAUUUAAUAAAUAGCAUUUCAUUCAGAAAAGCGCUGAUGUAAAAUAAAAUCUAAAAUUAAAACUUUACUAACUAUUAACACUUCUCUUACAAGUAAAA